GUGGAUUGGAGGGGUUAUUUAAUACCAUAAGUUUCUACAAAUAUAAUAGCACUACUGCACGGUUUUCGUUCAUUUACGAAAAACAAAUUCCAUAAAUAAAACCAAUUUUUAAUAAUAUACAUAUAAAUAUAGAAUAUAGAUUAAAAAAUUAGUUUACAUAUACCAAAUUUAUUUUAAACUAAAUAAUAAGGAAACAUGUGUGACGAAGAAGUUGCUGCUCUGGUUGUUGACAACGGCUCUGGAAUGUGCAAAGCUGGCUUUGCUGGAGAUGAUGCUCCUCGUGCAGUGUUUCCUUCAAUAGUAGGUAGACCAAGACAUCAAGGCGUGAUGGUUGGUAUGGGCCAAAAAGAUUCAUAUGUGGGUGAUGAGGCUCAAAGUAAAAGAGGCAUUCUUACGUUGAAGUACCCAAUUGAGCAUGGUAUUGUAACUAAUUGGGAUGACAUGGAAAAGAUUUGGCAUCAUACAUUUUACAAUGAAUUACGUGUUGCACCUGAAGAACACCCUGUUUUGCUUACAGAAGCUCCUUUAAAUCCAAAAGCUAACAGAGAAAAAAUGACACAAAUAAUGUUUGAAACAUUCAACACUCCGGCAAUGUAUGUUGCAAUUCAGGCUGUACUGUCAUUAUAUGCAUCCGGUCGUACAACUGGAAUUGUGCUGGAUUCUGGUGAUGGCGUCUCCCAUACAGUUCCUAUCUAUGAAGGAUACGCUUUGCCACAUGCUAUUCUUCGUCUUGAUUUAGCCGGUCGUGACCUUACAGAUUAUUUAAUGAAAAUAUUAACCGAGCGUGGUUAUUCUUUUACAACUACCGCAGAAAGAGAAAUAGUAAGGGAUAUUAAAGAAAAGUUAUGCUAUGUUGCACUCGAUUUCGAACAAGAAAUGGCUACUGCAGCUUCUUCCAGUUCUUUAGAAAAAAGUUAUGAACUACCUGAUGGCCAGGUUAUCACAAUAGGCAAUGAAAGAUUCCGUUGCCCAGAGGCCCUAUUCCAACCUUCAUUCUUAGGUAUGGAAGCCUGUGGAAUUCACGAAACAACCUAUAACUCAAUUAUGAAAUGCGAUGUGGAUAUUCGAAAAGAUUUGUAUGCCAAUACAGUUUUAUCAGGUGGUACAACAAUGUAUCCUGGAAUUGCAGAUAGAAUGCAAAAAGAAAUUACAGCUUUAGCACCUUCAACUAUGAAAAUUAAAAUUAUAGCUCCGCCAGAGCGCAAAUACUCUGUUUGGAUUGGUGGUUCAAUUUUAGCUUCAUUAUCGACAUUCCAGCAAAUGUGGAUUUCAAAGCAAGAAUAUGACGAAUCCGGACCUUCAAUAGUUCACAGAAAAUGUUUCUAAAGCAUAUUUAAUAGAAUUUCAUUCAUAAAAUUUCAUUCCUUUGUUAUAUUUAUACAUUUUUUACAUUAAAGCUCAAUAUUAUUUUUUGUAGAUAAAAUCUCUUCAUUAUUCGUUAGAUAAUAAUUAUAAACUGAUUCCAAUGUAGGUAGUGGUUAGGUACAAAUUCUAACAUGGUUAAGCAGUAAGAACCCAUAUUCUGUUAGUUAUUUGUGCUAUAAAAGAAAGCUACCAGUCACAUCAGGGCCCUUACUAUGAUCCGCAAAGGAAAUUAAUUUUUGGUAUUAUGAAUGAUUAGCGAAUUCGCCUAAAUUUUAGACAAGCUUGGGGAAUAAAGCCAAAAAUCAGAAUAAUUCA